AUGCAGAGCCUCGGCAAGGAGAACCACAGCUUUGUAUCUGAGUUCAUCCUCCUUGGCUUCUCCAGUGAGUCACAGGUCAGAAUAGCCCUGUUCUCCUUCUUCCUUCUCCUCUACCUCAUCAUUCUUCUGGGCAAUGGACUCAUCAUCACCCUGAUCUACAUGGACUCACACCUCCACACACCCAUGUACUUCUUUCUCAGCAUCCUCUCCUUGGUGGACAUGAGCUAUGUCACUACCACCAUGCCCCAGAUGUUGAUUAAUAUGGUGUGUCCAAAGAAAACCAUCUCCUGGGGAGCUUGUGUAGCCCAAAUGUUCAUCUUCUUGGUCCUGGGCAUUGCUGAGUGUGUGCUCUAUGCCAUUAUGGCCUAUGACAGGUAUGUGGCCAUUUGCUUCCCCCUUCACUAUCCCUUGCUCAUGGGCCGCUCCAUUUGUAUCAAGAUGGUCACAGGCUGUUGGGCCAUUAGCAUAGCUGGGGCCCUGAUCUACACUGUCUUCACCAUGCGUCUGCCUUAUUGUGGCCCCCACAAGAUAAACCACUUCUUCUGUGAGGUCCCUGCCGUCCUAAAGUUGGCCUGUGCAGACACAUCCUUCAAUGACCAUUUGGACUUCAUCUUGGGUUUUACCCUGCUCUUGGUCCCAUUCUCCCUCAUCCUGGUCUCUUAUGUCUGCAUCUUUGCCUCCAUCUUAAGAAUCCACUCAUCCCACGGGAGGCUCAAGUCUUUCUCCACAUGUGCCUCCCACAUUACUGUGGUCAUUAUGUUCUAUGGGCCAGCCAUGAUAAUGUACAUGAGGCCUGGCUCCUGGUAUGACCCAAAGCGGGACAAGAAGCUAGCUCUGUUCUACAAUGUUGUCUCUGCCUUCCUCAACCCCAUCAUCUACAGCCUCCGGAACAAAGAUGUAAAGGGGGCCUUUCUGAAUGUAUUUGGUAACAGAAGGGCAUCUCAGUGA